AUGGCGCUAAAUCUCAACCUAAUCACUACCACUAUUACUACUCAGCCAACUACUGACAAGGAGCUCAAGCCAUGUAAUGCCCAAUGGAACACUGACUUUCUUGAUUCGUUUAGUCCAGUUGCAGAUGGUAUUCUUUACUGCUGUUGUUGUUGUAUCUGUGAAGGUCUUUUACAUGCACGUGCAGGUGAACAUUUUUGUUCGUGCUUACUUCCUGGCUCGACGCAAUCAUUGCGAACUAAGAUUCGAAUGGCGUAUGGCAUUAAAGGUUCAUUAUUGGGAGAUUGUUUGGCAUCAUGCUUGUGCUUAUGUGCCUGUGCUUUACUUCAAAUGAAAAAAGAGCUCGAUCAUCAAAAUGUGCCAGAUACUAAUGCAAACACUGAAUAA